AUAGAAACAAAAUAAACAGACAUGUUCCAUUCCAGUUUUCUACACCAAAAAUCUUCCUAACUCAGACCAACCAUAAAAUAUCAAUAUGGAUUACUCUGCCAAAGAGGUGGCUGUCGAGUUCCCUUAUUUCCGACUCUACAAAGAUGGCACCAUUGAUCGCUUCGACGGAGACGUAACCGUUCCGCCCUCCCCCGAUGAUGCCCAAAACGGAGUCCGAUCCAAAGACAUCGUCAUCUCGCCCGCUUCCGGACUCUCCGCCAGGCUUUUCCUCCCCAAAAUAUCCGAUUCGACCCGAAAGCUACCUCUCCUGGUAUACUACCACGGCGGUGCUUUCGUUGUUGAAUCCCCCUUCUCUCCUAUUUUCAGCCCCUUCGUCGCUUCUCUAGCCGCCGAAGCAGCCGUCGUCGCUUUGUCCGUGAACUACCGAAGGGCUCCGGAGAACCCCCUACCGGCCUCUUACGAGGACGCAUGGGAAGCGAUCAAGUGGGCUGUGGCCCACUACGGUGGAAACGGGCCCGAAGAGUGGAUCAACCAGUACGCUGAUCUCGAGAGGGUUUUCGUGGGUGGAGAUAGUGCGGGUGGGACUCUGGCCAAUAAUGUGGCACUCCGAGCCACUGUCGAUGGGCUUAGUCGGUCGAGAAUUGUUGGAAUGAUCCUGUUUUAUCCGUUUUUCGAUGGCGACAAACAUAACCCGUUGCUGGAAUACAUUUUCCCAUCUUAUAGUGGGCCGGGUGACCUGUUGGUGAACCCGCUAUCUGACCCAAAUCUGGCCAAGUUGGGAUGUGGCACGGUGGUGAUUUUUGUGGCUGAGAAUGAUUUUUUGAAGGAAAGAGGUUGGGCUUACUACGAGGCGUUGAAGAAGAGUGGAUGGAGUGGGGUGGUGGAGAUCGUGGAGACUAAAGGGGAGGACCAUGAUUUUCACUUGUUUAAACCAAAAAGUGAGAAGGCCCAGGCCGUGAUGAAGAGGACGGCUUCCUUCUUGAAUCAGGCUUAGGCCCAUGUAGAGUAGCGCUAUGACA